CUCCGCGCGCGCUUGUGGAGAAAUCCCAUCCGGAUGUCCUCCUCAGGCUCCUCUUCCCGCCCCGAUCAGCGUCACUCUAUCUGUCAGCGACUCCCCGACUCCCCGAAACACCCAUCACUGAGCGUCUUGCGACCUCAAUCCCGUCACUAUGGCCUCGUUGCCUCUCAAUCCCCCUCCGCCGCCCGAAUGGGUUGUGAGGAUGAACACCCCUAUGCCGCGCCUCUCCAAACACGCAUCCAGCAUCCCUGAUCCUCCCGGCUACGCGAAGAAGAUGGCAUCCAAGAAUCAACGUGCCCAACAGUCCGCAGCCACCUCCGCCCCGGCAAAGCCCGUCGAAACCGAUACCCUGAAGCUCAAGAAGGCGUGGGAAAUCGCGCUAGCUCCCUCCAAGCAGAUCCCCAUGAACGCGAUCAUGAUGUACAUGUCCGGAAACAGUCUGCAGAUCUUCAGCAUCAUGAUGGUGUUCAUGCUGUUCAAGGGCCCGAUCCAGGGUCUGAUCAACACCAACGCCGUGUUCGCCAAGUUCGAUACGGAAGGCACCCACGCGAAACUCCUGGGGGUCAAGGCUAUCUAUGUCGUCAUGCAGCUGGGGCUGUUGUGCUUGGGUGUUUGGAAGGUUAAUGCUAUGGGACUUUUGCCAACUACGAGGUCAGAUUGGCUAGCUUGGGAGUCCGAACGGCAACCGUUGGAGCGGGCUUACUUUGCUUUUGGGUGAUCGAUCAGCAGAAUGAUUUUACGGUGUCAUCUGAGAAAAGAACAAAAAUAAGAAUGACGGAGUGGCAGAGUGAUAAUAGCGAGUUUUUACAUCAAGCGAGCGUGCUUGUGAUCAGCUUGGUACUGAGUUUCAUUCAUUCAUAUCAGUGCUGACAAUGAGUCGCAAUAUCCAAUAAAUCUGUGG